AGCACUUAAAACUUAAAACGCAAGACAAACUGGAGCUGCUGCAACAGGCUGCCACUAGCGCGGCGCCAUGACAGUGGGCAGUCUUCCAUCCUAUUCCUACUCAUUGAUUGGAUAGUUAUCUUAUGUGUUGCUGCAAUGAAAGAAUAUAAACUGUGAAAUGAAAACAUUCAGACUGCUGGACAGACACAGAGCUGGAUGUUCUUUAUUGUUGGGUUUGUGAAUGCAAUGUGUUCUCUGUAUGGCAUCAACAUCUAUAAAAGUCAAGUUUUAUGAUGGAUAAUGUUUCAGUAGUUACUAUGUUUACUCUGACAGGGUUGAGUGGGACAACAAACUAUAGAGUUAUUCUCCUUUUUGUUACUUUAUUGUGUUAUUGUGUGAUUUGGCUGGUAAAUUUGACCAUUAUUGUGACAAUUAUUGUUGACAAAAACCUUCAUGAACCCAUGUAUAUCUUCCUCUGUAAUCUGUGCAUCAAUGGACUCUAUGGGACAGCAGGUUUCUACCCCAAAUUCCUCAAGGAUCUUCUGUCUACCACUCAUGUUAUCUCUUAUGCUGGAUGUCUUCUGCAGGGCUUUGUGUUGCACUCCUCUGCCUGUGCUGAUUUCUCUUUUCUGCUUCUGAUGGCCUAUGACAGAUAUGUGGCCAUCUGUCGCCCUCUGGUAUACCACUCUGUGAUGACUAAACAAAAGGUUUGUGUGUUUGUGCUUUUUGCUUGGCUCAUACCUAUUAAUUUGGUGUUCAUUGGUUCAAUAACAACAGUAAUAUUAAGGUUAUGUGGCUCACACAUACCGAAGAUCUACUGUAUUAACUUUUUGGUGGGUAAACUUGCUUGUUCUGCCUCAAUAGCACAUGUUGUUGUUCCAGCUUUUAAUUAUACUUUUUAUUUUGGCCAUUUCAUUUUUAUUAUUUGGUCUUAUGCAAAUCUGAUUAGAACAUGCCUAACAUCCACAGAGAACAGAAUUAAAUUUAUGCAGCCAUGUGUACCACAUGUAUUCUCUUUAAUUGUUGUUGUUGUAUCCUUGCUUUUUGACUUGUUGUACAUGCGAUUUGGCUCAAAACAGUUAUCACAAAGUGCUAAGAAUUUCAUGGCAAUAGAAUUUCUUGUUAUUCCCCCAAUUGUCAAUCCUCUGAUGUAUGGUUUUAAACUGACACAAAUCAGAAACAGAAUUCAACAUUUAAUAUGUGGUAAGAGAUCUGUUUUUAGUCUGAAGUCAUGAGUUGGUGUGCACAAGGAAAAAUCUGUUUGUACAUGACUUGGGAGAAAUAUCCAACACGUCUUACACUAACAGCAUUUAUACAAUGUAAGAAAGCCAUUUUGGGCCGUUUUUCUGUGACAUAUCAAGCAGGCCAACUGAAUUUAUCUCCUGUUUUAAAUGUUUCUCCAAAUGUUUCUCACAUUUAAUUUACUUUCAAUCGUCUAUGUCCUUAAAUAAAUCUGUCCCUGAUCAUGUAUGCCUUUGUUUCACUCAGCAUUUAUUAUCUUAAGUAUGGUUGUACUAAAAAACAUCUCAUUGUAAUUUUUCAUGACAGUAU